UCAACGUGAAAAGCGUUGUCCAGCGUGUCCUAUAAUAAUGGCCGCCCAAUGAAUGCCUGUGCUGUUUGUGAAACAUGAUAUGAAGGUAUUCAAUCGAUCUUGUGGUUGUAGUGUCGAAGGAACUUGUGCGAAGGUUUAGCAGUCUGUUGAGUAUUGCAGAUUCAAUUCAAAUAAUGGAUGGAGAGGAAGAGCCUGCUGCGACCUUGGUAUCAUCUGUCGACAGGGAGAAAGGAGAAGUGAAGACGAGAGAGAAAUGGUCCCAUCAGAUUGAUUAUUUAAUGUCGUGUGUUGGAGGCAGUGUUGGCCUCGGGAAUGUUUGGCGGUUUCCCUACCUCUGCUACAAGAAUGGAGGAGGUAGUUUCCUUAUUCCUUACGUGACGUGUGCCCUGGUUGGUGGUGUGCCUUUAUUCUACCUCGAGGCAGCCCUGGGACAGUUCAUGGGAAGCGGAGGAGUCGGCACAUGGAAGAUAUGCCCGCUUUUUGAAGGUGUCGGCUAUGCUUGCUGCGUUAUCAACUUCUACUGCAAUGUCUACUACAUCGUCAUCCUGGCUUGGGCAUUUUAUUAUAUGUUUGCAAGUUUUAAUACUGUUUUGCCGUGGUCAACCUGUGACAACCCGUGGAACACAGAGAGGUGCACCAUCUUUGAAGCCCGCCAAAACUCAACAUUAAUGGCUGCCAGUUUAAAUACUACCGUGGCAGUGCCAUCAGCAGUCUCGAUGGCAGUGACGUCCAUUGGAUAUGGAGCGACCUCCUCUAAUUUAACGAAUAUCUCAUUGAAUACGACGAGAGGGGUAGAUCCUGUGACUGAAUACUGGGAACGAAAGGUGCUUCGGCUGUCAGGCGGAAUUGAUGAGGUUGGAACAGCGAGCUGGCAGCUUAUGUUAUGUCUUCUGCUCGCUUGGGUGGUGUGCUACUUCUGCGUCUGGAAGGGAAUCAAAAGCUCAGGAAAGGUUAUGUAUUUCACUGCAACAUCCCCGUACGUUCUAAUGUUCAUUCUACUCGUCCGUGGGGCUCUUCUUGAUGGGGCUGGACUUGGCAUCGCCUACUACCUGAAACCAGAAUGGAGCAGACUGUUAGAUGUACAGGUUUGGUCUGAUGCUGGGACUCAAAUAUUCUUUUCUUAUGCAAUAUCAGUGUCACAGCACAACGCUAUGGGGAGUUACAAUGACUUCCAUCACAACUCUUAUAGGGAUGCCGUUAUCUUUUCAUUCAUCAACAGUGGUACUAGUCUUUUCGCAGGGUUUGUCAUCUUUUCCAUACUUGGAUUCAUGGCGCACACACAGAACGUUUCUGUCGCUCAGGUAGCAGCCUCUGGUCCUGGCCUUGCCUUCAUCGCUUACCCCAAGGCGGUGUCCCAGAUGCCUGCAGCCCCCGUUUGGAGUGUUAUAUUCUUUUUCAUGAUCAUUUUACUCGGACUGGACAGCAUGUUCGUGCAAGUGGAAGGCUUCAUCACAGCCUGCGUGGACGCCUGGCCAAACCAUCUACGGAAAGGAUACAGAAAGGAAUUCUUCGUAGCCGUUCUCUGUGUUGUUUGGUGUCUUCUUGGCUUUACCAUGAUUACAGAGGGCGGGAUGUACAUCUUUCAACUGUUUGACUAUUAUCCCUACAGCAGAAUAGUCCUCCUGGUGGCAUUCUGUGAAGUUAUUUCAGUUGGAUGGAUAUAUGGUGUCCGCCGAUUUUAUGACAAUUUGGAAAUGAUGUACGGAUUCCGUAUAAACUACUACAUGUGGGCAAUGUGGCUGGUGGGAUCACCCUGUUUCUGUAUAAUACUGUUCAUCAUGAACACCAUUACCUACAGCACGCUGACCUAUGAUCGGAAGCUAGAGGGUUUGUAUGUCUUCCCCAAUGCUGCAGUUGCCUUAGGGUGGGUCAUGUCAUUUUCAUCAGCAAUUUGCAUCCCUAUAGUGAUGGUUUACAAAGUUGUUAAGACUCACCGAGCUGGAAAGCCUCUGCGAACACUGAUAGAACCAGAAGGUUUAAAGCCUCACCAGCUGCGCCCACAAGAUACGAAAUGUGCAAACGGAGUAAAUGGUUUUCACCUGGAGGAGAAGAAACCCAUGUGUUAAAGGGACUAUGCAUGUAUAAUGCUCAUCUUUUAUUACAUAUUGUGCAAUAAAAUACUAUUGUAGAAGCGGUUUUGCAAGGAGAGUGCACACUCCCACAGCACAUCCCCACCUGAGAAACGAUAUAGUACAUUCAGUUAAGUUUAUUGAUAGUUAGCUUACUUCGUACAGGUGGUCAAGAAAAAACGCAAACGGAUACUGCCACUACCAGGGGGUGAAAACCAUUGAUAUCAGUGGAUGGGGAAUCUUUCUUGGAGAGGAAUGAUACCAAGAUCGCCCGAAAACGUCUCUACAACAAAAACUGCUGAACGGAAUCGGUCGAAUUUGGUAUCAAUCUUCUACUAGAAAGAUUCCCCAUCCACUGGUAUCAAUGGUUUUAACUCCCUGAUAGCGGAAGUAUCGUUUUUUCUGGACCACCCUGUAUAGUCGAGGAAUAUAGUACUCUAGAUAUACAUGUACAUGUACAGCAGAAAUUGUUCAUAAAUAUUUAGUAUAAUUUUCAAUGUACUUUUUCUGGUGCUCACAUUCUCAUAUUCAAUGUAAAUUUAGCUUUACUACGCAGAACGCGUUCUUUUAGAUGAUCUAAUAUUCAAAUCAAUUUUCGAUAGGGUAAUUAUUUGCAUUUUGUGCUGAUAUCUAUUUUGAAUAAAGUUUUGGCGGAUGCAAAAAUAGCUAGAUGCAAAAAUUUGGUGGUUUACAGUGGUGCUAUCCCUAUGAUCAAGCUCCAUCCGCCAAAAAGGUGACCAAAAUCCAAGGAGACUGACAAUCUUAUUGCUGACCCUGACCAAAAGGUGUACUACAACUUGGACUUCUUUUCCUUGGACGUUUUUCUUUCUUUUACACCAUCUUUUCCCCACGUCGUCAUUCAUCAAAUUUGGUAGCCAACAAUAUACAUGUAUAUCAAGGCAAUUAAAAAAGAUAUUCGAUUACGUGUA